GUAUCAGAUUCGACCAUCCCAUUGGCUCCCCCACCAAAUCGCUCCUUCUUCCCGGCCGUCCGCUCCCCAUCUCUCUCUCUCUAGCGUUCAUCAAGAAUCGAGCGGGCGGCCCGUCGGUUUGCGCUGCGGGACAUGGAGGACUCGGAGAAGAAGGGGGGGAGCCGCGGAAGGAGGCAGAAGGGGAAGGUGCAGCGCAUGUUGCCUGAGAGCACUCCUCGAGGUCCGCCUCUGGUCGUUGAGGAGGCGGCUUCGACGUCUCUUUGGCCGCUGAAGAAGAUGACAAGCCCGGAUCGGUUUCCUUGCUCUCCCUCGUGCUCCUCCAAUUCGACCACCCCGGCUUCUUCGCCGCGCCCUCUCGCCUCCGCGAUGCCCAUCUUUCCCUUCGCUUGCGAGGAUUCCCUGCCCGCACCACUUUUGCCUGCUUUGGGUGCCAGUCGAUUUCCGCGGCAAGAGCAGAGCGAGCAGCAGAUGAUCUCUUUUGAUCGAAGUCGUCGGCAUCAAACUGGAGCUUGUCCACCUUCUCCGUCGUUUAUGACCGAAGGAGCUGCCGCGAUGGAUCGGGAACAGCAGUUGCAGCAGCAGAGGUAUCAGGAGCGGCUCCUCAAGCACUGGAGCGAGGCGCUCAACCUCAGCCCGCGAGGCAACCUGGCGAUGAUGAGUCACUUGGCGAGGCGGCGAUCGUUGGCAUCGCUGUACCCCGGAAUCUUCCAGUCCUUCAUGCUUCCCCCCCCGCCCGCGCCAGCGAAGCUGUACCGUGGCGUGAGGCAGCGGCACUGGGGCAAGUGGGUGGCGGAGAUCCGCCUCCCGAAGAACCGCACCCGCCUCUGGCUCGGCACCUUCGACACCGCUGAAGCCGCGGCCCUCGCAUACGAUCGCGAGGCCUUCAAGCUCAGGGGCGAGAACGCUCGGCUCAACUUUCCCAACCUCUUCCUCGGCAAAGGCGGUGGCGGUGGUAGCAGGGAUGGGGCCUCUUUCUCCUCCUCCUCAUCCUCUGCUCCCGCCACUCCGGAAGAAGCCAAGCAACACCAGCAGGAUGAGUCAAGGCAACCUUCUCAGUUGGAAUCCCGAUUCAACACUCCACCUGCUACUGCUGAGACCACAGUUGAUGGUGGCAUGAGCAGCGUUGCAGACUCGCCAUCGGGAAUCCACGAGCCCGCAAACCUCGGAGCAAUGGUGACCACGCCGCAGCCGACCGAGAUGGUCUGGGGAGACGCCGACGAAGCGUGGUUCAGCACCUGGGGUCCGGGGAGCUCCGUGUGGGACGACGUUGACGGAGCUAAUAGCCUCCUCCUCCAGUCCCGGCUCACCACCAUCCCCGAAUCCGACAUGGAUUACUCUGAUCCUACAGCGUCAGCAACGACAAAAGCAUAUCAGGAUACUGACACCCCUGCCUCCCCUUCCUCUGCUCCUCCUCAUCCUCCUUCCUGGUUUAUGUGGAAGGAAUGAUCGUGGCCUCUCUCCCUCUGCUUCAUCUGCACUGCCGCAUGGCAUGCGGUUAGAGAUCGCACACACACACACACGAAGCACAGUUGAUUUUGUUAGGACAGUUCACCGGUUGCAGAUUUUUAUGGUUCAGCCUGUGAACAUAGGAACCCUACAUGAUUCAGAACUGAUGUCUCUCAGCAAGCAGUCUUGCAUACUUCCUUUUCCUGCUACACUUGGCUGCAUAUUUUUUUCAGGCCACACCAACAGCAGGUUUACCAUCUUGCCUUCUCUUUUGCUCCUCUCUCUUUCGUGUCACACAGUAUUUGAUCUCAUUGUCUAGCUUUAAGCACUUGCUGUAGUACAUCUUUGGCCUUUCAUCCACCAUGUAUGCAAACUAUCUUAUCUGUUCACGCGUAUAUUAAUGGUCUAGUAGUACAAUUAGUAAUCAAAUAAUAAGUCUGAAUCAAACUAGUUAGCAUUAACAUACCUUAGAGCCUUGAAGUUUAAGAACUUGUUAUAUCGUGGAUCAAAUUUGGUAUAUGUAAUUUGAUUGUUUUCAAUCUUUAGCAAUGUGUUGUUCAUCCUCUUUGAAUAUACGAUUGUUUCCAA